AUGUUGCCCACCAGUGCAAACUAUGAGAGGUCUUCGUCGUCAGAAUCUGAGGGCUUCCAAACCGCUUCAGAAGAUGUCGGCAAUCCCAAGGAAGUGUCAAGGUCGCUUUCUUCAGGUAUCUGGUCGGAUCUUGAUAAAACGCCAGGACCAGGAUCGCCAAUAAAUUUUAAAGUUCGAGAAGCAUCGCUAAUCAGUGCUGGUGAAGAUAUUUUUUCUAUGAAUGGCCGCUACAAUCUUCUGCAGGAUCUGCUUCAACUAUGCCAACAGCCUGGUAAUCUGAUAUUCCAAAGGCUCAAAGAAGCAGUUAAACCUACAGAUCAAGUAGCCCUCUUAAAGAACCAUAUUCUAAUGAAGCAUUUGAUGAAUAUUACGACAUGCGCGUUCUAUCAUAAGCCGGGACAGCAAGCAGUUUUUACCUCAUUAAUCGGAUAUUAUGAGCACAUUCAGAGAAAACAUAAAGCAGAUUACGAUGCAAGAAGACAAAAUCCAAACAUAACCUAUAAAUGCCCAUUCUGCUUGGAAGAAGAUGGUUUAAAUCACACACAAUUUGAUUUUUUUGCCCAUGUUGUUGGAUUUCAUAUCAGAUUUUUAAUGGAGUUGACACUGCUCAGAUGGCCAAAAGAAUGGAAUUUUGAAGCCUUGCAAACUUUGAAAGAAACAGAAAAAGAAGUUUUUGCAAACGGACAUUCUCCUUCUCCGAUUGAGAAAGAAGAAAACUACUUCACUUUUACACACGUGAAACCUGAUCUUAAUAUAAAUGGUGCCUCUCUUAUGAUACCACUCGAUGCACAGGCAAAGUCACUGACUAUGACAGCAGAUCACUUAGGCAUUGGCCUCAACAACGACGUUUUUGAGCCAAAUGAGAAGUACAACCUUCUGCAAGAUAUGAUUGACCUCAGUAAUCAUAAUGAUGACUUUUUGCUGGCAAAGCUAAAAAGUUCAGUGGGAGCAAAAUGCGAUUACUGCCUUGCUUGCGCUGACACUAUGCCAAUGUUGUAUGAAUAUCACGGCCAUAUUGCUCCUCCUUAUUAUAACAGGACGUGUUUUUGCGGCCAUCAGUCAAGGCAGUUACGUGCGUUGAAGAAUCAUAUCCUGAUGGAACAUAUGUCCUUUAUUGUUCACUGUGAAUUUGAUGACCAACCUCGCGAGCAAAAAAAAUUCACCUCCUACUUGGGGUACUGUUCGCAUGUUAAAAAAAAGCAUAAAAGUGAGUACGAGGAGAAACUGAAACAGCCAUGCAACAUUUACGAAUGUCCAAUUUGCGCACCAAAAAAAAGUAAAAGUUACACACGAAUGGAUUUUUUGGAUCAUCUUGUCACCUUUCACUUCAGAUUCCUAAUGGAAUUUACUGUAACCAGGCAUGCGUCGUUACAAUUCUUAUUUAAUCAGUCAAACUCAUGUCCAAAUUACCUGACAGAUAUGUUACCGAAUCCAACUGGUGCAAUACCUCUACCAUCAAAAGGAUUGAUGUAUCAAGACCAUUGCUUUGACGACAAGGGUCAAUGUAAUCUUGCAAAAGCGUUACUCUAUCUUAACAGUCACAAAAGUGAAAAUAUACUGCAAGAGCCAAUGAUAACCUUAUCUUACCUGGGAUAUCCCUGCAGUUAUUGUCGAGCUUAUGCUAAGGGAGAAGACGCUCUUUUAGCAAUAAAAGAGCAUUUGAAGAAGCAUAUCAGUGUGGUACAAGGAAGUUCAAAAUAUUUUACGUGUAUUUGUGGAAGAGGUUACAACAGGGAAAUUCUGUUGAAAGAUCAUAUCGUAGCUGAACAUACAAACUUAUAUGUAGCUUGUGAACACUGUGAUAGUAAUUUCAACAGAAUUGUAGCGUAUCGAAAGCAUGUUUUAAAGACUCAUGAAGAAACAUCAAAAACUGCUGUGGAAUGGUAA